AUGGUCCUUCCCGCCUGCGAAUACCACGGCUCUGCGGGCAUGUACAAGAUAUCGCAGUCCGCUGACGUGAUAUGCGUCAUAUGGUGUUCGCUCCAGGCCGCGUCGCAGGGCUUCAGCCAGGCUCCGACGAACAUCUCGGCAAACAAGUUGGGACCGAGUUCGCGAGCGCGGAUUGCACCCAAGGAAAUGCUUCUUGCCGUUUGCGAGGCUUCUGCUCUGGGGCAGCAUCACGGACCUAGUUCUCUCCCUGAGUACCGUUCUAGGAGAUCGUUUCGCAUCGCGGCGACACGCUCGCAAGUCGACAUGUAUUUCUAG